GGCCAUAACCGGAUCAUAGCGUACAGCCGGCCGGUGUAUUUCUGCCUGUGCUGUGGGCUCAUCUGGCUGCUGCACUAUGGGAGUGAGUGGUGGGGCCCCUCCCGCUUCACCCUCUACGGAGUGGUCAUCACCAGCUCCCUCCUGCUCGCCUCCGCACGAGACCUCGUCAUAGUAUUCACGUUGUGUUUCCCGGUCAUCUUCUUCGUGGGGCUGCUGCCACAGGUCAACACCUUCGUCAUGUACCUGUUUGAGCAGCUGGACAUCCACAUCUUUGGGGGAAAUGCAUGCACCAGUCUGCUGUCCUCUCUCUACAGUGUUCUACGAAGCCUCGUCACCGUGGCGAUGCUCUAUGGCCUCUGCUACGGUGCCCUGAAGGAGUCGUGGGAUGCGGAGCACAUCCCUGUGCUGUUCUCGGUGUUCUGUGGGCUGAUGGUGGCCGUGUCCUACCACCUGAGUCGCCAGAGCAGCGACCCCUGCGUCCUCAUAUCUCUGGUCCAGUCUAAAGUGUUCCCCAACCUGAAGGACAAGAACCCAGAGGACCCUCUGUCCGAGGUGCACGACCCGCUGCCCGAGAAGCUACGCAACUCAGUGAACGAGCGUCUGCAGUCGGAUCUGAUCGUGUGUGUCCUCAUCGCUGUGCUCUACUUUGCUAUCCACGUCAGCACCGUGUUCAUCGCUCUGCAGCCCUUCCUGAGCUAUGUGCUGUAUGGGCUGCUGGGGGGGGUGGGGGUGUUGACCCACUACCUGCUGCCUCAGCUCCGUAAGCAGCUGCCCUGGUACUGCUUCUCCCACCCCCUGCUCAAGACCCGCGAGUACUACCAGUUCGAAGUCCGAGGUGCAGCCCAUGUGAUGUGGUUCGAGCGUCUGCACGUGUGGCUGCUGUUUGUAGAGAAGAACGUGCUCUACCCCCUCGUCAUCCUCAACGAGCUCAGCGGCAGCGCCAAGCAGCUGGCCAAGAAGCUCAACACCGAGCUGGGCGCUCUGGUCAUCACGGUGGCCGGUCUGAAGCUGCUGCGCUCGUCCUUCAGUAGCCCGACGCACCAGUACAUCACCGUGCUCUUCACCGUCCUCUUCUUCACCUUCGACUACCAGCACCUGAGCGAGACCCUGCUGCUCGACCUCUUCCUCAUGUCCAUCGUCUUCAGCAAGCUGUGGGAGCUGUUCUAUAAGCUGAGGUUCGUGUACACCUACGUGGCUCCGUGGCAGAUCACCUGGGGUUCAGCCUUCCACGCCUUCGCUCAGCCUUUCGCUGUUCCACACUCUGCCAUGCUGUUGGUGCAGGCCGUGGUGUCGGCCAUCUUCUCCACGCCGCUCAACCCCUUCCUGGGCAGCGCCAUCUUCAUCACCUCCUACGUGCGCCCCGUCAAGUUCUGGGAGAGGGACUACAACACGAAGAGAGUGGACCACUCUAACACACGCUUGGCCUCCCAGCUGGACAGGAACCCAGGCUCUGACGACAACAACCUGAACUCCAUCUUCUACGAGCACCUGACGCGCUCUCUGCAGCACGCGCUGUGUGGGGACCUGCUGCUGGGUCGCUGGGGCAACGUCACCACGGGCGACUGCUUCAUCCUCGCCUCCGACUACCUCAACGCGCUCGUGCACCUCGUGGAGAUCGGCAACGGCCUCGUCACCUUCCAGCUCCGCGGCCUGGAGUUCAGAGGUACGUACUGCCAGCAGCGGGAGGUGGAGGCGAUCACGGAGGGCGUGGAGGAGGACGAGGGCUGCUGCUGCUGUGAGCCGGGACACCUGCCCCACCUGCUGUCCUUCAACACCGCCUUCGGACAGCGCUGGCUCGCCUGGGAGGUCCUGCUCACCAAGUACGUGCUGGAGGGCUACAGCAUCACCGACAACAGCGCCGCCUCCAUGCUGCAGGUGUUCGACCUCCGACGCAUCCUCACCACCUACUACGUCAAGGGCAUCAUCUACUACGUGAUGGCGUCGCCCAAGCUGGAGGACUGGCUGGCCAACGAGGCGAUGCGCGAGGGCCUCCGGGCCUGUGGAGGGCGCCACUACGUGGACCUGGACCCCACCUUCAACCCCAACAUCGACGAGGACUACGACCACCGGCUGGCCGGCAUCUCCAGAGACAGCUUCUGCGGGACCUACCUCAGCUGGAUCCAGUACUGCAACUCACGCAGGACCAAGCCUUUGGAGAGUGAGAAGGACUCGUGUCUGGUGCUGCUGUGUUUUGGCUUGUGUGUGCUGGGCCGGAGAGCGCUGGGGACUGCAGCUCACCAUAUGUCCAGUAACCUGGAGUCGUUCCUGUACGGGCUGCACGCGCUCUUCAAGGGAGACUUCCGCAUCUCCUCGGUGAGGGACGAGUGGAUCUUCGCUGACAUGGAGCUCCUCAGGAAGGUGGUGGUCCCGGCCAUCCGGAUGUCACUCAAACUACACCAGGACCACUUCACGUGCCCAGACGAGUACGAGGAGGCGGCGGUGCUGUUCGAGGCCAUCUCGGCGCACCAGCAGAGCCUGGUCAUCGCCCACGAGGGCGACCCGGCCUGGCGGAGCGCCGUGCUCUCCAACGCCCCCUCGCUGCUCGCCCUGCGCCACGUGCUCGACGAGGGCACCAACGAGUACAAGAUCAUCAUGCUCAACCGCCGAUACCUCAGCUUCAGGGUCAUCAAGGUGAAUAAGGAGUGUGUGCGUGGGCUGUGGGCGGGGCAGCAGCAGGAGCUGGUGUUCUUGCGGAACCGUAACCCCGAGCGCGGAAGCAUCCAGAACGCCAAGCAGGCUCUGCGGAACAUGAUCAACUCGUCGUGCGAUCAGCCAAUCGGAUACCCCAUCUACGUGUCGCCCCUGACGACCUCGUACUGCAAUAGCCACGCCCAGCUCGGCCACAUCCUGGGCGGACCCAUCAGCUUCGGCAACAUCCGCAACUUCAUCGUCAGCACAUGGCACAGGCUGCGUAAAGGCUGUGGUGCUGGCUGUAACAGCGGGGGCAACAUAGAGGACUCUGAUGCGGGGGGGCUGUCGUGCGGCAGCGGGAACGGAGUGGUCAGCGACUCCCAGCAGAGCUCCGUCUCCCAGGGUGGACUCUCUGGACCCGCCGCUCCCCACUACCAGCCCCACUCCAUAGGCACCAGUCACAGUUCCCAGUCGGUGCAGUCGGCUCUGGUGCGUCACUCUCCGGCGCGUGCCUCGGUGGCCAGCCAGUCGUCGUCGUCGUGUCGCUACGGCAGCAGCCGCCACUCGUCGCUGCGCACGUCGGCCACGGGGCUGGAGCCCUGCCGCCGCUCCUCCAGCAGCCAGCUGUCGCUGCGCACGCUGCCCACCUCCCUGCAGCUGCGCCUGGGCACCGCCCCCCCGCCCGGCCCCGCCGUGGAGCCGCUGCCCCCUGGUGGUGGAGGAGGAGGAGCAGGAGGAGCAGGAGGAGGAAGAGGAGGAGGAGGAGGAGGAGGAGGAGGCCCCUCGGGCUCGUUGUCCAGCCACAGCAUCCCGGCCUGCAAGCGGCACACGCUGGUGGGGUUGCUAGGCAGCGAGGGGCUGGGCGCGGCCCUCGGGGAGCCGCCGACGGGCACCACCAACACCACCGUCACUACGGCGACCAUGCUGAGCCACGCCGGGACACACACACACUACCACCCGCACAUGAUGCACGCGCCACACACACACACACACACACACCACCCCACGCUGGGAUGCCUGCGCCGCGACGACAUCUCCUACCGAGUGCAGAUCGUGGACGUGGGUCAGGUGCUGGAGGUGAUCAACAUGUCCAAGCGGAAGGAGCUGCAGUGGCCAGACGAGUGUGUGAGGCUGCGCUCUGGACGCAACUACUGGAGAGACUGGAGCCCCCACGAGGGCAUGGAGGGACAUGUAAUACACCGGUGGGUGCCUUGCAGCCGCGACCCGGCCACGCGCUCCCACAUGGACAGGGCCAUCCUGCUGGUUCAGGUGGAGGAGAAGCUGGUGCCCAUCGUAGAGAUGGGGGUCAUCGAGCUGGGCGCCGAGGUCUGACCUCUGACCUUACUACAGAGGGCAAAGUUCAACUGGGGUCGUUGCCCUAACAACAAACCCUUUCAACAGUCCCCGUGGUGGGACCAGAAGCCAGGGAAAAGUGCAAGUUCAAAGGCAGAUCAUGUACACACACACACACACACACACACACACAUGCGUUAACACACACAGACGGAAACCUGCCUUCUUGCGUGUGUCACACCAAUAUGCUGCAUGAGGGAUGGACUCCCAUCAGAACUUUCCUUAAGUUGAACAUUGCUGGGUUUUCUUUUUUCUAUGCAUCAAAUUAUGAUUAUGGCAACGAUGUUGACGACAGUGACUAAUGAUGUUUAGCGCAAGUCACUCAAAGAUUCAUGCCUUCAUACAAACACACACACACACAGACACACGCACAAAUGCAUGCAUACAUACAUACACAUACAUACAUGCAUACAUACAUACAUACAAACACACACACACAUAUUUCUGCAUACAUUCAUACACACAUACAAGUACAUUAUGCACAAACUGUUCAUACACAAGCACAACUCAAAGCUCUGUAAUCUGGUAUAGGCACACACACACUUAAAAACUGACCUUUGCGUGUACAAUAUGGACACGUCCACAUACGUACACUUAAACACACAAAGACUCUGUUAGUGGUGGUUAGGAAUGGGCAAACCUUGUGUUUGUUUUGUUUGGUUUUGUUCUUUUGUUUGUUUAUUUGUUUGUUUGUUUGUUUGUUUGUUUUUGUAUAAUUUGUAAGAAAUCUUUUGCCAAAAAAGCCUGGUUCCCAAAGCCUGGCGUUCGCCACAUGCGAGAGGCAUGUGAAGCUUCUUUUGCUGCCAAGAGAGAGGGAGGACACUACCGGCCCUUAGCCAAUCACACCACUCAAUGGGCUGCAGCCUAUCAGCACUCACUAUACAGAGCAAGCUGUGCUCCAUCACUAGACUGACAGAGCCUUCAACCAAUCAGGACACUGAAGUGGCCAUUGAAGUCAAAGGGCCGUAGCCAAUCCAGAGACCAGAACAACCCCUUCAGUGCUCUGACUGGAUGUAUUGGAGGCCUGUAGCCAGACUGAGAGCCUGAGCAGUAGCUGCUCUUUGCCGCCUGACGAGUUACAGCCAACCGGGUCACCAAAGAGCUGUAGCCAACCAGGAGCCUGAAGGGACUCUAGCCAACCAAUCACAGGUUCAGGAUCAGUAGGUGCUGCACUAUAGUUUUCUCUCCUGGUCUGAGUCCACUCCUGGAGCCCUGUGUCCAGCACGCCCCCCCCCCCCCUCGUGGUCUGACCCCUCUGAGGGCGCAUUGGGGGAGUUCAUCUGGCGCAGGCCCAGCACGGUAACGGCCCUGACUCUGCAGAGAGCAGAACGGAUUUGGGCCAGAGCCGGGCCAGAGGCCGCUACGGUGGCGGCGCCGCUCGUGGGCACAUGCGUCUCUGCGGCGUCACGUCAGGUGGGUAGCGUCACUGAAGACGCAGCACAUCUCUCAGCUGGUGUGCCGUGUUUAUAAUGCAGUGCACGCGGUCACUGUCAGGGCGCUAGCUCAGCUGUAGCGGCGCCCCCGGUGGUCUGGCAUGAGCGGCGCAGCUGUGUAACGGGCACAGGCCCAGCAGUGGCCUCAGACCAGGUCAGCUGUUUCAGCGAUUUUCAUGGUCAUUCCGUUUUAUUUUUUAUUUCAUUUAUUUACAGUUUAUGAAAUAGCACAUUGUUUCAUAGAAAUGACAAAAAAGGCUUGCACUAUAUAUUUUUUGUUUUUGUUUGAUUUACAGUAAUGCACUACAAUCUUGAAGAUAUAUCGAGCUAUUUAUUACUCACCAUCUUGAAUCGCCAUGGUAACCGUUGCCUUGGGAAUGAAAAAUGCAAUCAUCAUUCUGCUCAUCAGCCAUUUUUGUUUUUGUUUUAUCCUUCUGCAUUUUUCUUUAACUUGAAAGAAUAAAGUUUUUACCAUAUAUAGUUAUAUAAAUAUAUGAAUAUAUAUUAUAUGUGAUUGUAAAAAAAGGAUUUUGUUUUGAAUAUUUAUUACUGUGAACAUUGUAUUUACAUUUUGUUACGACUUCAUUUAUGGGACAAAGGUAUAUAGUUAAAUGUAUCAAGGACCAUCGGUUUGAAACAGAAGGCCGAACUUUUUGAUGGACUGUUCCCUUAUUUAACUUGAUUCUUUUGUAAGAGGGCAAAUAAAGGGUGUUUGAUUUAA